AUGCGUGCAGACGGCUUGAUGAGUCUUUUCGAAGUGGAACAUCGGGUGACUGUCGACUACCAGAAGUGGAUCUACGAUGUCUACCUCGCUGUCGUCAUGGCGUUGCACAGCAUCAUCAAGUCCGAGCUCGAUACAGCAUACCCGCAAUGGCUCAAGGCUACACGGCAAUUGGGUGCCAAUAUGGGAACCGACAGCCGCGAGGUAGCUGCUUUAUUUGCGUUUCUGGAGGUAGUCUUGCCGCCAGAGACCUACAUGACCGAGAAUAUCGCCGCCUAUGGUCCUCGCUGGUAUCUGCAGUGGGCGUGGAAGUCAGAAUGA